AUGACAGCACACACACAAUCAAUGAAUCCGCAGCAGCAAUCUCCUCCUUCAGACUGCUUUUCCAGCGUCUUACAGACUGGCUUUCCACUCAAAGCCAAUGUGGAGCUAUGUGUUCAAAAAGUCCUUCCAAGCGAUGCCUCGUUGGAGGAGAACCACGAGCUUGCGUCCAGUCUCAUUCGAUUCUUGGAACUCAAGGUUGUCUUGGAAGAAUAUUCUCCCAACCAGCAACAACACUUGUUGGCCGCCACAGCAUUUUUAGAACAAGCUUGGUUGGUUCUCUACGAAGAUUGCAAGCUUUAUCCUCAAGUCAUUACCUCCAUUCAGGCUUUUCACGGCCAACCGCAGUUCCACGUCUUUUUGCGUAGGUCGAGCAUUGCGACGAAUGGCGAUUCCAGUCAAGCCUUUACCACCAUUCUGUCCAGCGAUGAAGAAUACUUGGCUCGGUUGGAACGGACGCAAUCCUUGAUGCAAUGUUACUACCAUACCACGAUGCCCAAUACACAAAGAGAGCUUCAGCAUCAGAGCAUGGCAGCCAGGAAGCAAGUACAACGUCAAGAAUACCAUUCUCCCAUGAUCCAUGACUCUGAAUAUGGUACCUCAAUGGAACACCACCAACCACAAGAACAACAAGUUGACAGUGACAUUCCAAGUGUCGUGGUCCCCGAGAAUGACUCGACGGUCUUUGAUUCCUUUACCACGGGUGACGAUACUUAUUCGUCCUCUGAUUCAGAUGACGACGACGACGAUGUGGAUGAUGAUGAAGUCAUUUCGUACACGUCUUCUCUCACCAACUCGACCGCACUCAAUCCAAGCCACCACAACGUUUGCCAUUUAUUCUCGGUCCUGUGGAUGAGAUCCUUUUGGUGCACUACUGGCAACAACAAUACAAACGCGACUGCAAAGUACCGAUAUGCUGACUAUGCCAAGGAACCCUCGCAACCAGUGUGCCGAAAACAAGACCAACAACAACAACAACCAUCGGACGACCGGACGAUUAGUGUCACGGAUUCCGAAAGAUCAUCUUCUUCUUCUAGUACCAACACGAAUACAAAUACGAAUACGAAUACUAAUACUAAUAACAGCAGGCCCUCCAGAGGAAAGAAACGAUAUCAAAAGCUGAAUCGAAGAUUCGAAGCCUUCAAGUGUCAGUGGGUAUAA